AUGUCGAAUACAUUUAAUCACACUUUCAACCGCAAUUCGUCCUCACCGGAACAGUUUGGAGAAGCAGAUGAAAACGGAGGGCGUUUUGCGCUUGUAAAAGCUGGGAUUUUGGGAGCGAUUUUUGUCCUUGCAGCUUGUGGAAAUUUCUUUCUGCUAUUCACGCUUUGGAAGAAGCGCAAAAGAAACACCAGGACACAGCUGUUUCUUUUCCACCUGUGUCUCGCUGACUUGAUGGUCGCCUUUUUCCAAGUUCUUCCCCAGCUAUCCAUGGAGAUUACGCACGGAUUUAAAGGCUCGGAUUCUUUAUGCAGAAUUGUAAAAUACCUCCAAGUUGUAGGUAUGUUCGCUUCGACAUAUAUGAUAGUUGCUAUGACGAUAGAUAGGUACCACGCCGUGUGUAAACCCAUGGUGUCGUUUUUCAAAGGCUCGUUUCGAAGGUAUGUGGCAAUCGGAGCAGCGUGGCUAAUUUCACUGAUAUUCAGCACUCCGCAACUCUUCAUAUUCUCUCUUCAAAGGUUCGAAGACAACUUAUACGACUGUUGGGCAACCUUCAUUGAGCCAUGGGGACAACGAAUAUACAUCACCUGGAUUACUCUGUCGGUGUUUCUUUUGCCCGCAAUUAUCCUAUUGUACUGUCAAUUAAGGAUAUGCACGGGAAUUUAUUUCAACAUGAAGAGGAAAACCUUACAGGGUGCGACUGGGGAUGGACGCUCCUAUCCCAGAGGGGUUUCGAGCGCAAUGCUGAAGACCAUCAAAAUGACAUUUGUUAUCAUCCUAGCAUACUCGAUAUGCUGGACACCAUUCUUCGUGGUCCAGUUGUGGUCAGCUUGGAGCCCAAGCGCACCAACUCAGGGUCCAGUAUUUGUUAUUAUCAUGCUGCUGGCCAGUCUCAACAGCUGCACCAAUCCUUGGAUCUACCAAUACUACAGCUAAACAGACUGGGAUUUGGGACUCGGAGGUCCCUCAGAAUGUGUUAUGCUGGAGAGUAGGCCUACUUGAUAUUCAGGUUUGAACUGAUUGGACUAAGUGCAAUCAGUCUUCAUGGUGGUCAC